AUGACCAACUCCUGCUGCUCCCCUUGCUGCCAGCCUUCCUGCUGCAGGACCACCUGCUGCAGAACCACCUGCUGGAGACCAAGCUGUGUGAGCAGCUGCUGCCAGCCCUGCUGCCAGCCCAGCUGCUGUGGGUCCAGCUGUUGCCAGCCUUGCUGCCAGCCCAGCUGCUGUAGGACCUGUUUCCAGCCAAGCUGUGUGAGCAGCUGCUGCAGCACACCCUGCUGCCAGCCCUGCUGCUGUGUGUCCAGCUGCUGCCAGCCCAGUUGCUGCCAGCCCAGCUGCUGCCAGCCCAGUUGCUGUGAGUCUAGCUGCUGUCAGCCCAGCUGCUGCCAGCCCAGUUGCUGCCAGCCCAGUUGCUGUGAGUCCAGCUGCUGUCAGCCCAGGUGCUGUAUUUCCAGCUGCUGCCAGCCCUGUUGCCAGCCCAGCUGCUGCAAGCCCAGCUGCUGCCUCAAGCCCUGCUGCCAGCCCUGCUGCCCUGAGCUGUGCUGCCAGCCAGCUUGCUCUGGACCUGUGACCGUCACCAGGACUUGCUACCAGCCCACAUGUGUCUGUGUGCCUGGCUGUCUGUCCCAGGGCUGUGGGUCCAACUGCUGUGAGCCCUGCAACUGUUGA